AUGUAUGGUGGCGUUAUUGGCAAAUUUGUCAGCGUUUUCAGUCUAUUUAACAGUGUUUCUAGUGUGCAGAACAACGUUUCUGGUUUGCAGAACAGUGUUUUUAGUGUGCAGAACAACGUUCUUGGCACAUAUGAUGGCAACAGAGUUCCUGGUCUGUUAGUCAGCGUUUCUGGUCAGUAUAGUAGCAUUUUUGGUAAGUCUGUCAAAAUUUCUGGUCCAAACAACAAUGUUUCUGGUCCAAACAGCAGUGUUUCUGGUCCAAACAACAACGUUUUUGGUCCAAACAACAAUGUUUCUGGUCCAAACAGCAGAGUUCCUGGUCUAAACAACAGCGUUUCUGGUCAGUACAACAGAGUUCCUGGUUACUAA